AUGAGGGCGGACUCCUGGGUGGUCAGGAUUUUCACCACGAUCUGCAGCGUCAUGAAGUCUGGGGAGGAGAAGGCCGACUCCACCGAAGUCGAGUGCAUCCAACGUCCCAGUCGACAGAAGAGCGCUGUCAACCUGCUGCUUAUUCUGGCAUGUGUCGUCUUCGGUGCAGCCUCUUUCAUGUUUGGAUAUGAUGAUAAAGUCAUCUCACCCAUCAUUGCCCUGCCUGCCUUUGUGAGUCGCUUGAACAUCACACAGACAGAGCAUGGCCAAGCUGACCCAUUUUUCAGGUUGAAAAGUUCCAGGGAGUAG